AUGUUGGGAAAGGUCGCUUCCACUCUUGGUGUCCGCUCUAUGCAUGCUAGACGAUACAUCGGAAAGAAGCACUUGAAUCGCGCUAUUGAUGAAGUAUUGGAUAAUCCACUACCCAAUGCACCGCGGCCACUUGCAUUUUCCGUGAUCAGAGUGCCCUUUUUCUUGGAACCGGGGUACGAUGAAGACAAGCCGUUUGUCGAAAGCAAUCGGGAACGUCUUGUCACAAAGUGGGGCGGAAAGCAAGGUUGGGAAGAGCAGAAAAGGCGUCACGAUUUGAAGGGUAGAGGCUUGGAGGCUGGGAUCGAGCAUUUCAAUCUUGAUAGACUUGCUGCAAACACAAUGGCAUCGCAUCGUCUCAUCCAGCACAUUGGAAAGAAAUAUGGAUUGGCUGUGAGUGAGGCUGUUUAUGAUCGUCUGAAUGAAUACUACUUUGUAGAAGGUCAUUCGUUGAAUGAUAAACCAAGGCUCGCACAAGUCGUCUCGACGACCAUGUCUGGUUUGUUGAAAGAGGAACAUCCUUCACCCGAGGAGUUGUUGGAUUUUUUGAAUGGUAAUCAGGGUCGCAAGGAAAUUAUGGACGCGCUGGAUGGUCUUAGGCAAAUUGGAGUGCAUGGAAUCCCCAAGUUUAUCAUUGAAGGCUCCUAUGUAGUGGAUGGAGCCGCGAGAUCUGAUGUUUUUGUUGACAUUUUCCGAGAGAUUGAAGCCCGAGGCGAGAUCAAGAGCGGACCAGUAUUUGGAGAAAUUUUGGGAGUCUCGGAAGAUACUAUUGCGAAUGGCAGUCACUUGCCUCGCCACAUUCCUGAAUCCGCGUAG